AGAGAAGCAGGCAAGUGCCCUCCUCCUUGGAGCAGACGCUCUAGAGAGGAGGGCGAUGAGCGAUCAAGCACAACACACACAGCGCGACUCGGCGCGGCAGGUAGAUCCUCACCUGAGAGCCCCGAAGGCAGUCCUGGACCCUGAAAUGAGCUGAUGCCUAUGGCCUCCCAAGCUCAAGAAAGUGGCUGCAGAUGAACAAUCGCAAGGUUCCUUGACCCCAUAGGAUAAGUCCUAGGAAAAGACUUGUUCAUACUUGCACAUUAGCCAAACUUCUAAGAUACUGGACCUGUGAGUGGGGAGACGGCGCGGGACAGCAGAGAGUGAAAUGGCCUGGAUUGCCCUCUUCCUCCUGAGCCAUCUCUGGGCUACAGCUGGGACCUCUGCCCAGGUCAGACGCUCAUGCUCCGUCCCGUCGGGACAGCAGCCCUUGGUGGACGGCAUACAAGUGCUCAUGGAGAACUCGGUGACCCGGUCGGCAUUUCCCAACCCCAGCAUCUUGAUUGCCAUGAACUUGGCUGGACCCUACAACCUGGAGGCCCAGAAGCUCCUGACUGAAGAACUGCUGGCCAGUAACCCUGCUGACCUCACCGUGGGACAACUUGCCCUCAACAUCAUGGCCCUCACCUCCUCCUGCAGAGACACUGCGAGCAAAGUGUCUGCUCUACAAAGAGAAAUGGAGCUCUGGGCGGCUCCGGGUCCCCAUGAGGAAGCCACAGCCUUCUACGCUCCCGGUCUGGCGGUCUUGGCGCUGUGCCAGAAGAACUCCGAGGCCACCUUGCCAAUGGCAGUGGGCUUUGCUAAGGCACUGCUGGCCAACACCGCUCCCUUCGACGUGGGCACGGGAGCAGUGGCGGCCUUGGCUUUGACGUGCAUGUACAACAAGAUCCCCGUAGGCUCCGGGAACAGCUACAGAACCCUGUUUGGUCAUGUACUGCAGAGCACAGUGGAGAAUAUCAGCCUGAGGAUCAGAGACAAUGGCAUCAUCGGAAACAUUUACAGUACUGGCCUUGCCAUGCAGGCUCUCUCUGUGACACCUGAGCAGCCCAGCAAGGCGUGGGACUGUGAGAAAACGAUGGCUACCGUACUUGACGAGAUUAAGGAGGGAAAAUUCCAGAAUCCUAUGUCCAUUGCUCAAAUCCUCCCAUCCCUGAAAGGCAAGACCUACUUAGAUGUUCCCCAAGUGAUCUGUGGUUCUGAUCAAGUGGUGCCACCAUCUGUCCCCGUCUAUCCCACCGCAGUCCCCACCCUGGCAUCUAACAUCACCGUCAUUUACACCAUCAACAACCAGCUGAGAGGGGUGGAGCUGCUUUUCAAGGCAACCAUCGAGGUCAGCGUGAAAGCCGGAUCGGUGCUGCUCCUGGUCCUACAGGAAGCCCAGCGCAAAAACCCAAUAUUUAAGUUUGAACUGACAAUGACAUCUUGGGGCCUGAUUGUUUCUUCUAUCAACAACAUUGCUGAAAAUGUCAAUCACAAGACGUACUGGCAGUUCCUGAGCGACGGGACACCUAUAAAUGAAGGAGUUACUUACUAUGUACCCUUCAACCACGAGCACAUCAUAGCCAACUUCACCCAGUACUGACAAGGAGGUCGGCGCCACUUCCCCUGAACACCUUCAACGGAUGGGGGAAGACUUCCCACUGGAUUUCAAGUCCAUGCAAGAGACUGGAUAUUCACAACGCUCCCGUUUCUGGUUAGAAAGCCUCUGUGUAGAAUAAUUGGUGCCUCAACAUCUGUGAUUCAUGAAAAUAAAAUCUCCAGCUUCUCAAAGCAAUGAAUGCAUCAUCAUUUAACCCUCAGGCAGUGAUGGUGAACCUUUUAGAGCUUUCGAUGAUACAAACAGCCCGCUGCGGCACAAGCACCAUGGGUCGCCAGCACUGCUCUAGGGUGAUGGCGGAGGGAGUUCCCGGCAACAUCUUUGGAGGUCUUUCUGAUCUUUAUCAAUUCAACAGCCCACCCCUACUUCUACAAAUGAAAUGAUCUACCUUUUAAA